UAGCUAACUAGGGAACGGAAUCAGAAACUUUACUGCUGUUCGUGCCUAUCACACAUGCUACGAUUAUCUCGAUGAAUGCCUCCGAUACGUUCUACAGAAAUGUCAAAGAACAGCAAGCUCGACCCCCGCUCCAUGCGUUACCAAAUGAACUUCUGGAUCUUGUCGUUGAACAGCUGGUGGCAAGCUUACUGAGCUACACUGAUGUGCCACCGGUCUUGAAGGCACUGCGCCUGGUCAGUAGGCGUUUCGCGUACCUGAAAUCCCUGAACGCGUCGUUGUUCGCUCGGGUCGAACUCAUUGCAGAUCCGGUCGAGUCUCAGCGUUUGAAGAACACGUCCUUCGAACGUGUCGCUCCGCACGUCAGGCAUGUGACGUUUGUUCCGCCGCUGUACAACUGGCACAUGAAUAGGGAACUUCUGAGAGUUUUAUAUCGUCGACAAGGAAUCUAUCUGCGUGAUCUUGACCAGGUCUUUCAAGCUUAUCACAUGGCGGCGCUUGUCACUCAGACGCAUUUGCGCAGUAAGCAGCUUCAAAAACGGUGGAGUUCAGCCCUUGGACAGGCACCAUUUUGUCACUCAAUCCAAACAAUAAUCGUAGACUAUGGCAGCAUGGGGAUCGAUUCUCGCAACCACCGGCCUCAUCCAAUAAUCUGGCCCGGAGAGCACCACCAUUUAUACGAGGUCAGAGGGCUCGAAUCGGCAGGGAGUGUUGAAGACGAGUUCUUCGCUGCCGUUGUCUCCGCAUUAGCAGAAGCACGAACACAACUUCAUGAAAUCGAUUUCAACCAUGCAACGUCUUGCCAGCAGGCUUGGAUCACUUUGCCGGGUUGGAGUCAAUUGGACGUUUCGAACUUGAGAGAACUUCACAUCAGUCCAAACAUCCUUCGACGAAGCACGCCAUAUCGACUACAGGAAGAUGUAGGCGUUGCUGAAAUAGCUGAAGCGACCGCCGAUCUGAUCCAGCGCAGCUCUGGAACCCUGAGCGUUUUUGGGUAUAUCGGGAUUACGGGACUUCUUCAAGUGCCAAAGCCAGCUACAAGCUUAAGUGAACUUAAAACAGUAGAGCUUCACGCUUGUUUGACUCGUGCUUUGCUCCUAAGCGCUUGGAUCAAAGCAAGCCCAUGGCUGGAGUCUCUCGCCUUGGGGCAUCUGUCGCUGUCUAAUGAGCGACAGCAUGGCUGGAAAUACAUCUUCGAUGCAGUGAAAGAACAUCAAGGCCUUCACCUUUGCCUGGAUCAUAUCGUAGUCGAAAAUCGCAACGGCAAACUUCGGCUUUUCAACAUCGACAUCCACACGGGCGACAAGGACCUAGAGAAGUACAUGCACGAAAGCUUUGCUAUCGAGACUAGACACGGGUAUGAGGCCUUUCUCGUAGAUCUGAAAUCGAAGUGCCCAUGGUUCUACGACAAGUACAAAUACAUAGAUCCACAAACAGUUGCUGAUCACGAAGGAAGCCCAUUUAUAAUUGAUAAUCCGUACACUAGCGACGCUUGUGCUGUAGCGAGAUACAUUGGUAAUGUCCACGACUGGGAUGAGAGUCUGCGAACUUUCUUUGCUGGGUCUUGAUUAUUUCGCGCCGAAUGCCAAUGUUGGAGAUUGAAAUCUGCUAAGUUAGCCAUUCAUGCGUCAGCAAAAUUGCCCGGGUCAAUUAUUUUUUUCCGGCCCACCCACGAAGUGCUAAUCAAAGACCACAUGUCGUAAGGCACUUUAUUUUCGAUAGCACUCGGGGCGACUUGUCUUGGAAAUUGCUGAUUAUCGUGUGGAUCUAUCACGUGACUCUAAUGACGUAGUUAUGAGAACAAUAUUAUAUAGAGAAUCAUACACUUGAC